CCAGCAAGGCAGCCCAGAUUGCAAACGAGAUGAGAAGGUAUCACAUUGAAGUGCUUGGAAUUUGCGAAAGCAGAUGGAAUGGAAGUGGAUUCUCCAAACUCAUAAGUACAGAGUCAAUAUUCAACACCAAUAUUGUCACCCAGACGACAACCACGAGCACACUGAGUUUUCGAGUGGCUAUCAUGAUGUCCUCAAGAGCAUUGAAGGCUGUCAUGCAGUGGGGACCAAUCUCUUCCAGCAUCGGGAUCAUAACAGCAAGAUUCAACUCAAAAGGAAGGAAGGAAGGUCACAAUCAUACAAGGCUACACUACGCUAUGCACCUACAAAUAAUGCAGAUGAAGAGAAGAAUGAUGAAUUCUACAGAUCACUGCAAUCAGCACUGGACAAGACUCCAGUUGGCGACAACUAAAUUCUAAUGGGUGGGGUGACAUGAGUGCCAAACUGCAUGGAGUGGACAACACAGGAAGAGAACUAACCAUGGGUUGAGAAGCGUUAGGUGAAAUGAACGAGAAUGGAGAAUUGUUUGCAGAAUUCUGUGCAUUCAACGAUUUGGUGAUUGGAGUGAGGCAGUGUGUUCAAGCACAAGGAUAUCCACAAAGCGAGCUACAUGGAUUUCACCAGAUAAACACACUAAUAAUCAG